AUGACACUCCAAUUAGCAGAUCGUUCUACCAAGUGUCCUUAUGGUGUUAUAGAGGAUAUCCUUGUUAAAGUGGACAAAUUCACUUUUCUAGUGGAUUUUGUCAUUUUAGACAUGGAAGAGGACAAUGAGGUUCCUCUUAUCUUGGGUAGACCAUUUAUGAAGACUGCUAGGGUGAUCAUUGAUGUGGAUGAUAGCCAACUUAAGGUGCGUGUGCAAGAUGAAACUGUGACUUUCAAUGUUAAGGAAGUUAUGCAACAUCCUAGUGAUAGUAGCAAUUGCUUUCGGGUGGAAGUUUUGGAUGAAUUAGUGGACUCUGCAAAGAGCCAAAUGUUUGUGAAGUCUCCUCUUGAGAGAGUAUUGAUAGAUGCUUGUGAUGACUUGACUUUAGAUGAGGAAUCUGAAGUUGAGGAGGCUACACAACAUUUGGACAAAUUGAAAGAAGUUAACUCCACUAAGGAUGAAGUGGAGAAGUUGGAAAAAGGGAAGUUAGAUGAUCAAGGCAAAGUGGAACUAAAAUUGUUGCCUGAUCAUCUCAAGUAUGUGUUUUUGGAGGAUGAUUCAAAGAAGCCUGUCAUAAUCAAUAAUUCUCUAUCAAAAAGUGAGGAACAAAAGCUUGUAAAAGUUCUCACAGCAAAUCAAGGAGCUAUAGGUUGGCAAAUUUCUGAUUUGAAAGGCAUAAGUCCAACCUAUUGCAUGCAUAAGAUCAUGAUGGAAAAGGACUUUAAGCCUAUAGCACAACCACAAAGGAGAUUAAAUCCUAUCAUGAAAGAAGUGGUGAGAAAGGAAGUACUAAAAUUGUUAGAGGCAGGGAUGAUAUAUCCUAUCUCUGACAGUACAUGGGUAAGUCAUGUGCACGUAGUGCCAAAGAAGAGAGGCAUGACUGUUGUUCAAAAUGAGAAGAAUGAGUUGAUACCAACUAGGACAGUCAUCGAAUGGCGGAUGUGUAUUGAUUAUAGGAAACUUAAUCAAGCCACCCGGAAGGAUCAUUUUCCUCUUCCCUUUAUGGAUCAGAUGUUGGAACGGUUAGCAGGGCAAGCCUACUAUUGUUUCCUGGAUGGUUAUUCAGGUUACAAUCAAAUAGUAGUGAUUCCUGAGGAUCAGAAGAAGACAACUUUUACUUGCCCCUUCGGUGUGUUUGCAUAUAGAAGGAUGCCCUUUGGUCUUUGUAAUGCACCUGCUACCUUCCAACGAUGCAUGCUAGCAAUUUUUGCUGAUUUGGCAGAGAAAUGUAUUGAAGUGUUCAUGGAUGACUUCUCAGUUUUUGGAACAUCCUUUGAUCUCUAUUUGACAAACCUGGAUGUAGUCUUAAAAAGAUGCAUAGAUACGAACCUUGUGUUGAAUUGGGAGAAAUGUCAUUUUAUGGUUCGUGAAGGUAUUGUGUUAGGCCACAAGAUUUCAUCCAGGGGAAUAGAAGUGGAUCAUGCAAAGGUGGAUGUUGUUGAGAAAUUACCACCUCUAACUAAUGUGAAGGGUGUUAGAAGCUUUCUUGGUCAUGCUGGGUUUUAUAGACGUUUCAUUAAAGACUUCUCCAAGAUAGCUAAACCCCUUUGCAAUCUUCUGGUCAAAGAUACUCCUUUUGAGUUUGAUGCUGAGUGCUUGAAGGCUUUCCAUAGUUUGUAA